AAUUCCGGGAGCCGGGCGCACCUUGCCUUCAAGUGCACCCGCCGUCCUACCCACUGCACCAAGGGUCGUUCCCCAGCUGUUCAUUUCGAUUUGUUUUCUGGCAUAAUCUCGGAAUAGCACUAGCAAAAAUGGUGGCCGCUACUGUCCCCCACAAGAAGAUCGUCAAGAAGCACUCCAAGCCCUUCUACCGCUACCACUGGCACCGUUACAACCGCCUUGGUCGUCAGGAGACCUGGCGCAAGGACCGCGGUAUCGAUAGCCGCAUGCGUCGCCGCUUCAAGGGUAUGGCUCCUCAGGUCUCGAUCGGUUUCGGUUCCGACAAGGCCACCAAGUUCCUGCGCCCUGAUGGCUACAAGACCUUCGUUGUCAACAACGUCAAGGACCUCGACAUCCUCAUCAUGAGCAACCACACCUACGCCGCUGAGGUCGCCCACAACGUCUCCGCCGCCAAGCGCGUCGGUAUCGUUGAGCGCGCCAAGGAGCUCGGCAUCAAGGUCACCAACCCCAACGCCCGCGUCCGCUCUGAGGAGUCCGCCUAAAUGAUGCAGUGCGAGCCUUGAGAGACGGGAGUGUGUGCGUGCGCGUGUGUGUGCGUGUGGUGUGUGCACACAUGGCAUGAGCGGGGCGCGCUGGUGUGUGUGUGUGCGCGCGGCAGCAGCAGCACCCCCCCUCGGGGGGGGCGGCGGCGCGGGGCGUGAGGCGGAGCCAUCUCCCCUCUCUCUCCCCCCCCGGCCCCGCUGCGCGCGCGCCCCACCGCCCGUGUUCUCUUUUGCCGUUGUUCUCCCCCCUUUCCCCCUCCCGCGCGUGGGGUGCUCCUCGUGGUACUUUGCCUCUGUGUGUGCGCCUGCGCGCGCGCGCGCGCGCACCGCCUUCUCGAAACUAAACGGAUUCUUACGAUAAACUUUGCCCUUUCC